UAAUCCAGUUUGAAGAACUUGUAUGUUACGAGUGUAAGUCAUACAUCUCCUCUAAAGAUCUGACAGAACUCAAACUCUGUUACACAAAUGGAUGAUUGUAAAUGGACAUUGUUCAAAAAACAGUGUUUUAGGCUCAAAAUACUGAAAUGUAUAAGGCAGAUCAUAAUCAUCAAAAUCAUAACUCUGCUUGUGCUCAACCACUUAUUGGACCUGGUGAAUCAGAUUUAGUCUCUGAUCUGGGAGCCGUGAUAGACCCUGAUCAGAGGUGGGGCAGAGAAGAUGAUUUAGACCAGAGCAAGUUGCUUCCUGAGCAAACAGACAGCGGUUACUAUGAAGAGCUCAUCAGGCCCAAAAAGCUCCACAAUCCCAUCAAAGCGUCCAAGAGCCACCGGGAGCUCCAGCGAGAGCUGAUUAUUACACACAAAAGAGGAGCAGCGGUGGAGGAGAAGCCAGAGUUAAAGAGAGUUCUGGAACAGAGAAACAGAGCUCAAGUUCUGAAACAAGACAGAAAACAGGAGGAGGAGAAAUCACCACUGGAGCAGGAGUUACUGAAGAGACAGAUGAGGUUAGAGAAGUUUGAGAGAGAGGUCGAAGAGCAGAGAGAAAGGACAAAGUGCGCACCUGAGUUCAUCAGGGUUAAAGAGAGCCUAAAGAGGACGGCGAUCACAAGUGCUGUGGAGAAAGAGCUGUAAUCACACAUUACCUUAUUUCACUGAUCUACAUGUGUGUUUGUUGAUACUCCUUCAGCUGCUGAUUCAAACGCUUCUUAGUUUUAUUUAGAAAGCUUUGGUUUGGAUUUUGAAUGCAAUCACAGAAUGUGAAAAACCGUUGACAAGGACAAGAAUGUUGAAAAUGUGGGCUAAUGUUAUGUCAUGUUAAGCACUUGUAAUGAUCUAAUAAGAUUUCAACUUAAUUGCUGAUUAAGUGGCUGUAAUUUGCACCAAUUAGAGAAACACACAAGAACAGAAUAACUCCAGUAUACUGGAACUGUAUCUAAUGUUUGAGUAUAGAAAUUAUCGGUCUGCCAUAUUUAUAGAUUAUAUACUUUUAUGAACAGACAGCAAUUUUUUCUACAUUUAUGGUUCAAAUCAUUUGGUAUGCUCACAUAUGCAUACUAUUUUCAGAUAUUGUGCACUACUACAUUUAACAAAAUGUGUAGUACAAAAAAAGCAUAUGGAAAGAGACACUGUAUCCCAUAGUGCAAUGCUUUAGACUUGAUUUUCCAUUUUUGGUAUAGCCAAUUUUAGCAUCUCUUUUUAUUGACUCACUAUUUGAUUGGGCAGGGAAAUCUGGAAUUUAUAAUCUGUAUCAUUGCAUAGUGCAUUUUUCCCACGUGCAUUUUGUUUUAACAAAAUACAUUAUCACAGAAUGAUCUUCUACAAUUAAGAUAUUGUUGAUUUACACCUCUCGUAUAAGUGACUUUUUUUUCUUAAAGGAAUAGGAUGUUUUUCUUCAUUGCAGAUUUGGAUAAAUUUAGUAUUGCAUCACUUGCUCACCAAUUGAUCCUCUGCAGUGAAUGGGUGCCGUCAGAAUGAGAGUCACACAACUCCAGACCAUCAAUUAGGCCUCGCGCAGUGAAAAGCUGCGUGUUUGUAAUAAACAAAUCCAUCAUUAAGACGUUUUCAUUUUAAAUCGGCUGUAGUCGUGUGAAUUAUUGUGAUGUUUUUAUCGGCUGUUUGGACUCUCAUUCUGACGGCACCCAUUCACUGCAGAGGAUCCUUUGCUGAGCAAGUGAUGUAAUGCUGAGUUCUCCAAAUCUGUUCUGAUGAAGAAACAAACUCAUCUACAUCUUGGAUGGCCUGAGGGUGAGUCAUUUUUCAUUUUUGAGUGAGAACUAUUCAGAGCUUUUCCACUCAUAUAAUGUUAACAUCAUAAAUCAUAUGAUUUUGAUGUCACAUGUAUGUUUCGGCUAACAACGCAACUUAGUUUUUUGUAAAUACGUUUUGUAUAUUUUGUAAUAACCUUUAA